AUGAGGCGCUUCUCGACCGCAGUCACCAUCACAGACCCGCUGGUCAAAUACCAGACAUUGGUCAAGUCUGGCAUAUACUCGCCCGACCCGGCACAGCACCGGCUGGCUAGACACCUGCGAGACAUUUACCUGCGCGUCAAAGACUACUCGCCACAGGUCGAGUACAAGCAAAGGCUCCGCGAAGUAGCCCGUCUGACCGAGACGAGGAUCCCAGAGGACGACGAGGCGCAUGGUAUCCUUGCCCUGAAAAACCAUGCCAUCUGGCGCAACCCACUCUUCAAGCACUUGCUGCCGGCCAGCGAGUCGCGGGACAGCCUGGCCCUGACUAGGGUACUGAACAGCCAUGAGAUGGCCAUCGAGAUUGACUCUCCAAAGGGGCUCUUCUUGUCUGGCGAAGUGGGCACCGGAAAGUCAAUGUUGCUGGAUCUCUUAGCGGACGGCCUGCCAACCCACCGCAAGAGGAGGUGGCACUUUAAUACAUUUAUGCUCUACACGCUCUCGCAGCUGGAGAAGCACAGAGAAACUUACAGGAACAACUCUGCGGCCAACUCUGAGUAUUCCAUUGCCUGGAUGGCAAAGAAGCUCGUCGACGAAUCGCCCAUACUCUUCUUGGACGAGUUCCAGCUUCCGGACCGGGCGGCCAGCAAAAUCCUCAGCCACCUCUUCAUCGCCUUCUUCCAGCUCGGCGGGAUCCUGGUCGCCUCCUCUAACCGCAUGCCUGAGGAGCUCCAAAAGGCCACUGGCGUAGACUACGCACCGGGUCCGGCGCGGGGGUUGAUGAGCAAGAUCUUUGGUGCCCGCGGGAGGGGGGAGCUCUACGGGCCGAGCAGCGACUUUGCAAAUUUUCUCGAGGUCCUCAAAGCAAGGUGCGACUUUUGGCAGAUGGAAGGCGCCCAGGACUGGAGAAGAAAGGAAGAGCUUGACAGCCCCGAGACUACGAUGAGCGACCGAGCUGCUACGUUCACCGUCGCCACAGAGCCUGCAAGCGCCGCGAAUCCUACCAACACCCCAGAAGACAAGGGCGAGGCACGAAAGCGCCCGUACUUCUACUAUCUCCUGGGUGAGGAAGACGCUUCUUGGCAGGAGAGCAUUCGAAACGCCCUUUCUUGGACAGGCGCUGAGGCAGUCCCCUGGGGCCCUUCGACCCGCGUCGUCUACGGACGCAAGGUCAUCACUCCGCUGCACCACGAAGGCCACGUCUUCUGGGAGUUUGACAAGCUGGUCGAGUCCUUCGGGCCGGCAGACUACAUCUCCAUGGCCUCCUCGUACCACACAUUCAUCAUCGACAAGGUGCCGGUCCUGACAGUCCUCCAAAAGAACGAGGCGCGGCGCUUCAUCACCUUGCUCGACGCGCUCUACGAGGCGCGCUGCAAGCUCGUCAUCCGGGCGGCGAGCCCGCCGGACGACCUAUUCUUCCCCGAGACGCCACGCAGCGCCGCCAAAGAUGCAAGCAGCAAGGGAACCACCGGCGCCGAAGACGCAGACGGCGACGCCACCUACUCCGAGACCGUGGCCGAGGUAUACCAGGACCAAAUGGCCCCGUUCAGGCCCAACGUGUCGUACUACGACACCCGGUCCGCGACGGCCAGGUACGACCCGGACCAGGACUCCGACUUUGGCCUGCAGAGCCAGAGCCAGCGGCAGGGUGGCGUCGUCGACUUUGGCAAGACGGGCGCCUUUACGGGCGAGGACGAGCGCUUCGCGUACAAGCGCGCCACAUCGCGGCUGUGGGAGCUGUGCAGCGCGCGAUGGCACUCGCGGACGGGUGACUGGUGGCAGCCGCUGCCGGCCGCGGCGCGGCACUGGGAGGGCGGCGCCGUGUCUCUCCCGAUAGGGGAGCACGUCGCGGUGAGGAGUGAGAGCACCGGCGAGGGCAUGGGCGAGAGCGUGGAGGUUGAGGAGCUGGCGGGGCUGUCCAAGUGGAGGGUCGAGCAUUUCAGGAAACAAAGCGAAUGA